AUGGAAAGUUUUUUGGAUCCUAAAGUCGAGGAGCUACUCGCAGACAAAUCUGAGACAGAAAGAUUGCAAGCGAUCGCCUUUUCGAUCGCCUGUUUGUGUACUGGUCCUACACCGUUUCAGCCUCCAGAUUAUUAUCACAUCCCAAAACGAACAGGUAAGAUAAAUGAAAUCAGAAUCAGUCGAGCAACCACCGUUAUAUUUUAAUCUCUUUCUCUUUGCUCUUGUAAGCUUUCAUUCAUUUCAUGACUUAUUGUAAGUCAUAUUGUAAUAUAAUGACCUCUUCAAAGUUGUAACUCGUUGUCACCAAAAUCAAAUAAUGAUAAUAAUAAUAUAUCUAUUAUGAUAUUGAUUCAGAGAGUAUAGUUACAAACAAAAUUUUCUCUGUAAAAUCACGUCCAAAGGCACGCGCACUGACCUUUUUUACAAUUAAGGAAAUAGAAUACACAUUUUUUCUGACUUUUAAGUGUUUACUCAAAAAACAAAAGCAAAGAGGUUAACAUAAGACUUACCUUCCGUCAUGUGAAUGGAGACUUUAUCAACGAUAUCCUACUGAUGGUUAAACCGAUUAUGACAUGACGAUUAGCCCCCUCCUUACUUACGCAGCUAGUACAUAACGAUUGACCAUAUUUAGUAUCCGCGUUAUUUCGCCAAAAUAAUAUAUAUAUAUAUAUGUGUGUGUAUAUAUAUAGUGAAUCUGAAUAAAUAUCGUUUAGCAGACGAUCAGUUGUCUUAAUCAAAAUGGUAAAAAGCUGUGGACUAAGUCCGAAAUAUCAUUUUAAAUUUAUAAUACUGAGUUAUUAAAGUCAACAUCUAUUCUCUCUUAGUUACGGAAACAGACGACGAAGAAGAAGAUGAGAAUGAGGACGAGGAAGAUGAUGAAGAGACAGAAGGCACCAGUGAGAAGUGA